GGGUAGGGUGGGUCAACCCGGUCUGACCAUCAGGUUGGUCUCACACAAGACUAAUCCUCCAACAUUAAUAUAAUAGGUCAAUUCUAAACUUUAUAAAAACAAAAAGGAUCUAGAUUUUCAUAGAACAAGACUCUUUCCACCCACACUAUAUCGUAGGUUAUUUUCAUGGGAACACCAUGUACAAUUCUUUGACUAAUACAAUUUACAUAAGCAAGACUCUUCCUUAAAUAAUUUAAUAGCAAAUUCAACAUCACGUUUUCUCCUUUUCCAGCUUUCCCACAUACACACCACACGUAACACACGCUAUAAAUAAAUAGAGCUCCAAUUAAUCUCAAUUCCCAACGACCCCACCCUCCAUCCACCUCUCUCCCCCAAAAAAAGUUUCCGAUCUACCAAAAUCAUCAUGGCGAGAGGUAAUUCCUCGGCGAUCGCGGCGGUGAUGAUGGCCGCGCUGCUGCUAUUGGCCGCCGGAAGAGUGGCGGAGGGGCAGUCGUCGGACUGCGCCGUGAAGCUGGUACCGUGCGCAGAUUACUUGAACUCGACAAAUCCGUCAUCGGAGUGCUGCGAGGCCAUAAAAACUGUGGUGACAACUCAACUUCCUUGUCUCUGCGGAUUGAUAAGAAACCCAAGCGCUCUCGCCGGGAUCAAUAUAACUCAAGCUCUUGAGCUACCUAAACAUUGCGGCCUCCCAAGCGAUACCAGUGCUUGCAAUGCUGCUCUGGCUCCGGGCUCCUCGUCUCUCCCUCCUCCAGCGACGCCAGGUGGCAACAACGGGAACGCUGGUGGUAGAGUUUCACAGAUGGGGAUCCCAGCCAUCCUUCUGGCCUCAGCUUUCGCCUUUUUCUAUUAGUUGUAAUAUCGAAUCCACCUAUUUUCUCAUCUACACAUUUCUCUUCUGUGAUUGUAUUGUAUCCACCAUUUAUUUACAUUUUGAGGUUUUUGUUCUGUAUUGUAAUGUAUUAACUUCCGAUGUUGAGCUCAUAUUUCUACACUGCGUGAUUUUUAUUUA